AGACUAAGCCAGUUUUGCCUCGUUCCUCUGGCUCUGCCCUUGCUAUUCUCAUCUGAUUGUGGUGCGGAAUGGAUGGCUGGAUGCUGGAGCUAGCGGCCAGCUAGGGCCUAGAGGAGCAGGCGGCGGCGCGACCUGCCACAAGCCGGCGCGCUUUUCUGACGCGCGGCAGAGGGGCCCCGCGGAAGGCGGGGAAAGAUGUCGACGCCCCUCGCCCGCAUGCAGAUGGCAACCCCCUCCCAGAUCGACCACUUGCAAGGUGCGCCGAUUUCAAAGCGGAGCAAUGCGGAAGCGCGGAGGCUGCCUAGGGCGUCCGGGCGGCCUUCGCCGCAGGCGCGGGCCCCGGGGCGGCGGGCGCGGCCCGAGCUGAUGUCGUCGAUGACGGAGUCCUCGACCUCCGCGGGUUUUGCUCCGCAGCGGCCUACAGGCUGCACCCCGCCCGGAACUUCUUCGCGGGGCCUCUGCCCCCCCCGCCCUGCUUGUGGCGGCAGCGCGGGAACCGCCGGCCGCCGUAUGCAAGGCGGAACCCGGCGCCGCGUGCGCCCGCGCUUUGGCCCUGCGCUUGUGCGUGUAUUUCCAGCCCACUUCAUCAAGGGCCGCGGCCCGGGCCACCGGUCUGCAAGCAGGACCGCAGCGGCCGCGAGGCGCUGCUUAUGCGCUGCCGGCAAGUGGUAUCCGCAGGGACACCGGGUGCGCGUAUGCGCAGCUGCCGGCAAGUGGAUGUGGUUCCAUGCGUGCCGGGAGAUUGCUCGCCCGCGUAUGAGCACUCCAGCUUUUGAACUUCACUUCAGAUUUGGUUGUUCGUC